UACAAAUGUAUGUUUACGCUCGAUUUCAAACCUAGAUCUCUUUAUCUUUGCCUAAGUUAAGUAGGAUAAUAUUUUGCCUUCGCAUUAUCAGUGAGACGAGAUGACAUAGUAGCUAUGUUGGCCAUACUCGUCUGGGAUAAAUAGUGCCAAAAUUGGUAAAAAAAACGAUGCUCAGAGGCUUUAAUACGAUAUUCUGGUUGACCCAUUGCUUUAUGUGGUCUCAGAAGCUGCUUUUAAAUCCGUUGGCUAUAGUUGAGCUGAGUUCCCCGUCAGUUUACGGAAAGUCACGGUACUCUCGAAUAUCGUUGACGGUACUUCCCGGUAUUUCUCGCAAGAAGUUCCGUUUCCACGAAAUUCUCAAAACUGCUCGCGAACGCUCAACAAAUGCUGAACAAGACGAACGCUUUGUUGAGAUGCGAUGGUUUAACAUUGAGCCGAACUCGACCAUCGCGCUUUACGGCCAUCCGCCAGAGUACAAUAUCACUAACAUGCUCGAAAGGGUCUCAUCCACGGACCAGUCAUCUGGCUACUACAUAACGAACAUUACUAUGCCUCGACUACAAUGUGAUACUCCGUUUGUACUUAAUAAUAACUGUAUCUAUUUUUGGAUCGCUGUCCUCGAUACAAAAAUGCGUAUCAUGGAGGUCGACUGUUUCCGUGGUUUCCCGUUCUGGAUGUACGAAGCCCGUGAGUUUCUGAGCAACGUUGAGAUUCGGCGUGCAUUUAUACCCGGCACACACAAUUCGGGAACGUAUGAUUACUACGACGGUGGCACGGUCCAUGCGCGGGUGACCCAGUACGUCGAGUGUCAAGACGAGAGUGUAUUCAAUCAGCUAUUCUAUGGCGCGCGUUAUAUUGAACUUCGGGCGUCGUUUUCGCCUAAACGACGACAGGCACGCCCUGCUAACAUCGUCUGCAUAGACCAAGAAAAUGAUAAUGCAAACGGUAGCAAUAACGUUUUGAAUGACAUGUAUAGAGAGGAACGCGGUUUGGAUUGUCGAACAGCUACAUUCUGGAGCGUUCAUGGCUCGUUCGUGACAACAUCAUCAUUCGAUCAGAUCGCCCGAGACAUUCGUCGAUUUUUGGAAGCUACCAAAGAAAUCGUGUUAAUUGAUUUACAUAAAUUUAAAAUCUCUGGAAAGUGGUGGUGGACGACAGAUCUUCAUCUCGAACUUUGGCGGCUUCUUUCUAGUGAACUAGGUGAGUUUAUGGCACCGUUCAAAGAAGAUGUCACUUUCGGCGAGCUAUGGGAAUCAAAUAAACGCCUCAUUGUGUCCACAGCCCAUCCGGUGCCAGAUGUUAGCCCAUGUAUAUGGCCAUCGUUUUUGCACAUCUGGGCAAAUACCGAUCGACUAUCGCAGCUUGAGCUAUUUCUCGACGCGCGUCUCUGCGCUGAAGUCCAAAACAGCAAACGUAUUACGGUCGCCAAGGGUCAGCUAACUCCACGUUUGGGCUUGAAAAUGCUACGAAACACCUUGCGCAAUCGCGGUGGGGUUCGUUCUUUCACGCCGGGCACUAAUCGCGUAAUGGACAGGCUGUAUCGAAAUAAAUUGGCAUGCGCGAACGUAGUAGCCGUUGACUAUCUGCUUAGCUCAGACGUGGUUCGCAUGUUAUUCACACAGUACCUUCGGAAUCGGAUCGUUUCGAAACCUGAUCGGAUCGUUUCGAAACCUGAAGUUUUGAAACUGAAGAGCUCUGAACGAAAAAGGAAAAACGGCUUAUAAGCAAAGCACUGGGCGUUUAUAAACAUGAAUUAUGAAUGAGGUGAGGGUACCCUUUAUUCCUGAAAUCAUGACUAAAUUUUAACGUUUGUAGUAUCGAUUUCUUCCUAUUCACUGAUUUCUCGUACAUGAUAUAUACCCUACAUGGAUAAUAGGUCUUACCUAAUACUGUCCUAUUACCUGUUCCAAUCCGACCUAAACAGGGUGAGUUCGGGCUGUGAUAUUAUUCUAUUACUUGUUUCAAUCUAACCUAGCGCGGAAUUCUAAAGCCAAACUCGUGGUUACGCUAAAUACCGCCAUUGGAGCUGUCAUUUUUGUUCUUUGUAAUUUCCUCGCAUCAUUGCUCCCACCAUAUUGUUUAGUGGACUCUGGUAAAUCUGAGCUAUUAAUUUUUAAAAAUUCGAUUGCAAUACUUCGGAUACUCCGUUACCUUUUUUGUAAUUUCGUUUUACGUUAUCUAAAUAUUUUCUCCACUAAUUAGUAAGAAUUCAUCAUAAAAAAAACCAUCCCUGCAAGUUCACUCAAGCAAUAUUUGGUAAUAUCAGUGCUGAACCAAAGGGUGUGGCGAGUGGAAGUCCCCCAGGAUUAAACGAACACCUUAACGGAGAAAUUUGGUCUGUGUAAUGCAUUAGCUCUUCACCUCCCCAGAAACAAAGAUACGACUCGUUCUGUUACUGAGAAGCAGCUGUCCGAUACCCCUCGUCUACUAUCGAUGUCAAUGAUCCAGUUGUUAUUGCUAAUGGGUCGCAACGAUGCUUCCGUUGACGGGCUAGCUCUUUGUGGGGAGCCAAAAAUAAGACCUCUUACGCUUAUUGUAAUGCUUGGUCGAUUAAAAUAUUUGUUAUACAAGCAAUGAAGUUUCGAAUCGUUACGUACAGCUUGCCCCUCAAAUACCACCUUCGUUUCUGUGACAGAAACAUUUUCUGGCGUGUAGAACGUAGGGACUACAAGAAAAAACUCGUUUUUUUUUAAAAAAAUCCAAUAUUGUGUGCAUUCUGUAGCACUCGAAAAACUAAGUACACUUCUAUAUCAUAUAUAUAUAUAUAUAUAUAUAUAUAUAUAUAUGUGUAUAUCGUCGAAAGCAAUUUGUGAGCUAAACUUGGCAGAAAUAAUCUACAUAAUACAAAUCAUUAAUGAUUUUAAAAUGUUACGAAGAAUGUGUGUGGAAAAUGAGAAAAAGAUGCGCAUUUUCUGUCUUGGAAGGUACAUAAUGCAUCCAUUUAAAGGCUCGAAUUUUUGUAGAUUUCGAAGGAAAUAGUCCUUAUGAAGCAUUUUACCUCAUAACAUCGUAUUGUCUGCACCUCAAGUGUAUGCGUAAGCCCUAUACAAUUUUGUUAAGACUUUAGCAACAGAAAUGCUUUUAAAUUUCAUCGUUUAUUAUGUAGCCCAUUAUUUUCGAGGGCAUCUGUAUAAAAGAGGAAUGAAUGUACUAAUCUGAUGGUUUAUAAUUUAAUUCUGCGAAUUGUAAAUGUAUGUGCCAGGUAAACUAAUCAAACCAGCCCGUUCCAACUUCCAGAAAGUCGACUCUCCAAAGCACCAUGUGAUUGUUACUAUUUUUACCACAAAGGCCGUCUGAUAUAGGUAUCUUGAACAUAUAGAAAAAAAUUUUCCUCGCUGACUGAGCAAGUGAGGUGACUCAUCGAAGGAUCGCAGAAGACACCCACGUAGAAUAAAAUCUUUAGCUGCGACAGUGAAACUGGUCUCGUAAUAUAAACUAGGAUGUUCACGCUAUUCUUGCAUGAGAUCAUAAUUCAGCCUUAAUUAAGCAUUCAGUACCUGUUAUACAUUGCACUAAUGAUACGCCAGACACCUUACCAAUUCGGAGAAUGCGUGCUUGUCUUCAGCAAAAACGUUUCCUUCAAUAACAGGUAAUGGAAUAUUUAGUGUGACAAAAGAAAUGCACAUCUUGUAAAAGCAAUGUAAUAACACAAUUUGACAUUUCACGCUUCUUUCAUUACGGUUUGUCCGUAAAGUUGAACAUUGUCGAGGCAGUAAUUCGGUAAGCUUCUAUUGUAUAAUAAACUGAAGUGAUCUAAAGGACGAAGGCUUGAUUCUCAUUUCUGCGAUGUUUGAACCAGCACCUUUAAAGCUUCAUACCUGCAUAGCUGCAUUUACUAGGGGAAAUUAGUUAAGUUACCGCUUGUCUUUGUAAUCGUUUAUGAAAAAAGUUCUUCCUGCGUAGUGUUACUUGAAAAUCAACGAGCUGAUUAUUCAGCCUGAAAUAUUAUUGAAAUUGCUUUCGAAGAUAGUUGAAAAAACAUGUUUUAUGAAAACUAUUUAUGUCGCCUUUAGAUGACCUAUGGUUUGAAGAGGCCAAGUGUCUACGAAUGUAAUAUAGGUUAGCUAGUAGUUGGACACAGCUAGAACGAUGAAAAAGACGACGCAUAAUUUAACCCAACAAUUGCACACAGUUUAUCUUCUCUAAUAUAUAUAGUCUUACCGCUCUCAUUGUAGUUCUUUUAUUCGUAUAUAUAUAUAUAUAUGUAUAUAUAUAUAUAUAUAUAUAUAUAUAUAUAUAUAGCAUUACGUAGAAUAGUAUUUCCCAUGAAGACCGUUGUUAUCAAAAUUUCUACUAGGCUUUCUAAGUUCCAUCAUUCUUUAUUGUCCUCAUCGGCCUCGUUCUGUUCCGUCAUUGUUUCUGCGUUUCUUGUUAUUGCCCCGUUUUUGCUGUUGUUUUUGUUAUUGUUAGUAUCAUAAAUUCUAUUCUAAUAAUUAGUUCCAUCAUCCCCACCAUCGCCAUUAUAGUUGUUGAUGGUAUUAUUCGCACGUUAAAUUAUACUUUCAUCUUAAAUAUUUCACGCCUAUGGGACAGUUUGCACGGUAUACCCCAACUUUCACAAUUCACGUCGACUGCUCAUCGUGUCUGUUUACUCUUCAUUAUUUGUCGUCUGUCUUCUAGUUGCAUUAAGUGUCUUUAUAUCGCAGUGUUUUGUUAUUAUAUUUGUUAUAAUCAUAAUAGUAUGAUAUAUCAAUAUACAUUCGCUUCUAUUAUGCUGUCCUACAAGACCAAAAUUGGUGAUUUUUGUUACUUUCGUUCUCCUGCUCAGUUUCCUCUAUAGAGAAAACUGGCCCUUUAGAACACAUUCAGUCACGGUUUGCUCCCUCUCUGGGGAUCGGUACAUUAGAGAUAUGUCACACAUACCGUAUUCUAAUAUUCACCAGUAGACCAAAGUAACCUUCCAGGUUUUACGUUGCAACUUACCUAUAAAACUAAACGCAUAUAUGAUGUCUCAGUAGGAUCGUGCGCAAUAAUCCGUACAUUUCAACUUGAAAUUCAAUAAAUUGGAUAACACAACAAGGAAUUUGUAGCAAGUAAAAACAAAUGACAUUUUCGUGCAGUAUGUAUAGCUGUUGCUACAAAAGUUGAACGCAAUACGUUGGGUAUUAUAGGUGCAGCAGAAAAAUUAUCGUUGUUGUUGUUGUUGUUGGCUGAAGCGGUAUCGUUCGUUCUUCAUUUGAGUUACAAUUAUUGUUGAUUUUUUUCCAUACUUUGGCCCUUACAUUUUCUUUUUUGACUCGAUUCCAAUCGAAUGUUUGAAGACUGUGAAGAUUAAGAGGACGUCUUUCCUCCCCAUAUAAAACCGUUUGUCGAAGUACAACUUGAAAAAACCAGUCGUUCAUCUACCAUACAGACACAUCAUUUAAAUAAAUAGUGUUUCUUAUUAGUAAGCCAAUGAAUAUCUUUUGUUUUAUUGUUAUUGUUGCUAUUUUAGCCGAGACAUUGCACAGUUAUACGUAACUAGUUUAGUAGAAAAACGAAAAGCUUGACCUAAUUUUCGCGAAAUGAAAGGUAAUGAUGCCCGAUCAACUAACAACCCUAAGGGGUUAGUGUACAUGUCAAUACUACCAUUAUCAAUUAUAAGUCAAAUCCUUGAAUAGAGAAACACGCCGGUUACAGAAAUUUAAGUGAUCGUCUAUACGAUUAUUUAGUGGUAAUAACAGUAUCUUACACUUGAAAAGUACACCGGAAUACGUACACACGGAGCGGGGGGAUGCAUAUAUGUGGAAUUAUAGAAUUCAUCGCCUUCAGAAGCUAGCAUUGCGAUGUAUCUGGCUUUGUUUUUCUCCUGUGUCAUAUGGUGUCGCUUUCUUCUACGUCUUUCUAUUUAAAGAAUAUUAUUAAUAAAUACAUAAUAUAAUACAUACGAGAGGCUCGGAAUCAUGGUAAAGGUAGUUUAUAGCAUCGUAGUCGAACGUGAUAGCCAGCCUUUGGCUCGUUAUCUGUCUGUAUCUUGUCUUUCUUCUUUUCAUUUCCCAUAACUCUGAAGCAUGGAACAAAAAAUACAAGUCACGAGCUCAUCGAAUGCGGAUGCGUUUCGAACGCCCUCAUAUACUCAUAGAUACACAUAUUCUAUAUAUAUAUAUAUAUAUUGUUUAUGAUUAAUUUGUGGGUAAGUGAGUUCGCAUGAUACCGGAUCCAGGGGCAUUGUGGGGGUCUGCGACAUAGGGCAUAGCAUUGGAAACGCUCGUAUUCAAAGAUAAACAGAGUUGCUCUAUCCUACCAUAUACUGCGGCAAACAGACACCGCAGUCAAACAUACAGCCUCUCAGCACGAUCUCAAUCACAUCCGUUUGGGACGCGCGGCAAGCGAUGAGACUUUUGGUUUCAGUCAAUGUGUAACGCAAUGCGCAGUCGGUCCUCAUCCGUUAGUCAUAUUCACUCGGUUUGAUUCUAUUUUUUUUUUUUGUUUUUAGGACGGCGUCACAUUACUGACUCUGUUAGAUUGCUAUUAUGUCAUUGGCAAUAGCUUAUCAUCGUUCAUAGAUUUUAAUAAUGAUUGGUAGUGACAGCUGUCC